UUGAGUAAGAAGGGUAUAGAGAGAUGGCAAUGAAAGGCGAGGAGUUGCUAAAGGCUCAAGCCCACAUAUGGAAUCACAUAUUCAACUUCAUAAACUCCAUGGCUUUGAAAUGCGCCGUCCAACUCCGCAUUCCAGACGCCAUCAGCCACCAUGGCCAACCCAUCACCCUCUCUCAACUCGUUUCAUCUCUCCAAGUUGACCCUCAAAAGUCCCAACACAUCCACCGUUUAAUGCGUAUAUUGGCCUACGCUGGCUUCUUCCUUAUACAUGAAACUAGCAAACAAGGAGAUGAUCAAGAAGUGGCAUACUCACUCACCAAUUCAUCUCUUCUUCUUCUUGAACACAACACCUUAGCUCUCUCACCCUUUUUGCUUUCCAUGCUCGACCCAGUCCUCGUCGAUCCAUGGCAAUUUAUAUCGACCUGGCUCCGUAACGACCGCGAUCGAACCCCAUUUGAAACAGCUCAUGGGAAGCAAUUUUGGGAGCAUAUGGGUGGGGAACUAAAAGAUGGGAUGGUUUUUAUUGCAGCUAUGGCUAGUGAUGCGAGGUUGGUGACGAGUGUUUUGUUGGGGACAUAUAAAAGUGUGUUUGAGGGAGUUGAGUUAUUAGUGGAUGUGGGAGGAGGCACUGGAACCGUUGCACAAGCCAUAGCUGAGGCCUUUCCACAAAUGCAAUGUGUUGUUUUUGACCUUCCCCAAGUUGUGGGUGACUUGAAAGGAAGCCAAAACUUGAUUUUUGUUGAAGGGGACAUGUUUCAACAAAUUCCACCCGCUGAUGCACUUUUAAUGAAGUGGAUUUUACAUGAUUGGAGUGACGAAGAAUGUGCGAAGAUAUUGAAGAAAUGUAAAGAGGCAAUCACGAGCAAUGGAAAGAAAGGGAAAGUGAUGAUAAUAGAUUUGGUGGUGAGAGAUGAAGACAAUAAGAAUGACAUGUUGACUGAAACUCAACUGUUUUGGGACGUGUUGAUGAUGGUGACGGUUGGUGGAAGAGAAAGAAAUGAGAAAGAAUGGGCUGAAUUGUUCUAUAAAGCUGGAUUUGGUGGUUACAACAUCUUUCCUAUAUUAGGUUUAAGGUCUCUAAUUGAGAUUUAUCCAUAAUUAUAUCUCUUUUAAAUAUUACGAUUUCAAGUUUGAAUUAUAUGUUUUCACGUAUGAAUAAAGUGUGUGAUUUUAUGUGGAUGUUGCAAUUUAAACAAU